GUCAUUAAGAUCAACGCGAACGUGGAAUAAACGAGACAGAUUAAUACGAUUUCUUCGAACGUUCGAUUAAAACAGUUUCCUCUUUCCUUCUUGUUUUACUUCUACUUCUAUUUCUUCUUCUUCUUCUUCUUCUUCUUUUUCUUCUUCUUCGUCUUUUUCUUCGUCUUCUUCUUCGUCUUCGUCUUCAUUGCCUCUACCUCCUCUUUCUGCUCCUCACUCCUUCUCCUCCAUAGCUGCCGCCAUCUCUUCCUCCUCCUCCUCCGCCUCCUUCUCUGCCUCCUCCUCUUCCUCCUCCAUUACCUCGAUGAGGAGAAAUCGGUGCCAGUGAGUCUCGGAUAAUGUCAGACGACGGAUCGGUGUAUCUCGCGUUGGAUAUAACGUACACGUGCUCCUAACAAUCUCUAUCUCUCUUUUUUCGUUUCUUUUUCUCUCUCUCUCUCUCUCUCUUCCUCUCUCUUCCUCUCUUCCUCUCUCUUCCUCUCCCUUCCUCCCUCUUCCUCCCUCUUCCCCAUUCUCUCUCUCUUUUUAUCUUUUUUUUUCCUUUAUUUUUCUUCUUUCUCUAUUUUUAUUUAUUUUAUUUAUUUAUUUAUUUAUUCUUUUAUUCUUUGUUUACUUCUUCCCUGUAUCGUCCACGAACAUAAACGGAGAUUAUUCAUCUCCCGAUCGAUAAAGAGUCCGGAAGCUGUGAUUAGCUCUGUCUCUUGCUUCUCUUCUCUCUGUCUCUUGGUCUUUCUCUUCCUCUUUCUUUGAAAACGUUUACGCGGGAUCUCCCGCAGUUUACUUGAAAGGAUGUCUGGGGACAGCACGUCAGAUGAGGAGGGCUCUCAAGAGGACCCACCCCGAUACGAUGUCGACGACAUGGAAAUCGUCAAAACGAUCGGUACGGGAACAUUUGGGAGAGUAGUAUUAUGCAGACAUCGUGGAAAACCUCUCGCUUUGAAGAUACUCUCUAUGGUCGACGUGAUCAGGCUGAAACAAGUCGAACACGUUCGCAACGAGAUCACGGUACUAAAGGAGGUCAAUCACCCCUUCAUAGUCAACAUGCUUUGGAGCGGUAGAGACGAAGCCAGACUCUACAUGCUAUUCGAAUUCGUAGCCGGUGGCGAACUCUUUUCUUAUUUAAGAGCAGCCGGAAGAUUUUCUGGACCAACCAGUUGCUUUUACGCGGCUGAAAUCGUCUGCGCAUUGGAAUACCUUCACAGCAAACACAUAAUUUAUAGAGACUUAAAACCAGAAAAUCUACUUCUCGAUAGUCAAGGACACCUGAAAAUUACCGACUUUGGUUUUUCGAAGAAAUUAACUGAUAGAACUUGGACUCUUUGCGGUACACCGGAAUAUUUGGCGCCGGAAAUCAUUCAAAAUAAAGGUCAUAACAAAGCUGUUGAUUGGUGGGCCCUUGGUGUACUGAUUUACGAAAUGUUGGCUGGAUUCCCACCGUUUUUCGAUGAUAAUCCAUUUGGAAUAUAUGAGAAAAUACUCAGCGGUAGGAUAGAAUGGCCUAAACACAUGGAUCCCAUUGCUAAAGAUCUCAUCAAGAAAUUACUCAUCGCAGACAGAACGAAGAGAUUAGGAAAUAUGAGACAAGGAGCUGAAGAUGUUAAGAGGCAUCGUUGGUUCAAGCUAGUAGAAUGGCCCUUGGUACCUCAAAGAGCUUUGACACCACCGAUAAGGCCAAGAGUGAAAGCACCUGGUGAUCCUAGUUGUUUCGAUGAUUAUCCUGAAACCGAUUGGCGUUCUCAACCACCUUUACCACCUGACCAACUGGCACUCUUCCAAGACUUUUAGCCAAAUUCUAAGGAGAUACUAAAGUAUCUCCUACAGAUCGGUGAUACGUUUCUAUCAUUUUUACAAGUUCAAUUCAUAAGUUGUUAGAAUAUAUAUAUAUAUAUAUAUAUAUAUAUAUAUAUUUUUGUCGUUGAAAUCUCGUUCUGUAAAAAUUAUUUUCUAAGAAUAAUUUCCACAAGAAGCGGACGAUUUCUUAUAUUGUAAAUAGGCAUAUUUUUAUAUCUGAACGCAACCAUUAAUUUAUUUGUACGUUCUGUUUAAGCUUAGUUGAUGUUUUAAAGCAAAUUUUUAUCAACAGUUGUAAAUAAAAGAUCGGUCGUAUUAAACGACGAUCACAACCUGA